AGUGUCAAGCUACAAUUGAAGAACGGAGGUGAAGAUGGAACCUCUUUGAUACCUUUCAGUGAAUUGGUGAACUCAGUCACCGAGUUGAAGAACGGUUCAAGUUUUUAUGUUAAGCCUUGGUUAUUCACUGGUGAUUUACAAACAAUGUACUUCUCAGCUGCUGACUUCUCCAAAAGUUUCCAAGUUCACUAUGGAAGAAGGCUAAUCACAUUCCCUGAUGGUGGAAGUGCAACUGCAGACUUCACCAUCCCUGCUCCAAAAUCAAAACAUGAAUUUGAUGAGUUAGCUGCAAAGUAUCUACCAGAAGACUGGCCUAGACAACACCCAAGAACCAGAUUUCUGACACCAGAAGAACUUUCCAGCCAAGGAAGCAAUGACACAAAACCAUUGAUUGUCAUUUGUCAUGGUCUAGGUGGUGGUUCACAUGAACCUGUGAUUAGAUCAUUAGUUGAAAAAUUAACCAAAGUUGAUGGAUUUGAAGCCGUUGUCUUAAACUCUAGAGGCUGUUCAAGAUCUAAGUUAAGUACACCAGAACUAUUCAAUGGACUGGCAACUGAUGAUUUACGCCAUUUUGUUGAGCUUUUGAAAAAAUUAUACCCAAAUAGACCUUUAUAUGCCGUUGGUUUUUCAUUUGGUGCCACAAUUUUGGCUAAUUACUUAGGUGAAGAAGCUGAAAACACCAAGUUCGCUGCUGCUGCUUUGCUAUCAAAUCCAUGGGAUAUGGUUGAUUCAUCAUAUCGUUUCCCUUCACGUUUCUUAUCAAGAUUUUUAUUCCAGCAACCAGCAACUCAGUUUUUGGUUAGACUUAUCAAAUCUAAUAGAAAAGCUCUGUAUGAACAUCCUCUUAUCACAGAAGAUACCAUCAAUCACAAAUAUACUUCAAUCGCAGAUUUUGAUAAUAGACUUACUGCUCCAUUAUAUGGGUUCCCUACUGCUUUUGCUUAUUACAGAGCCGCAAGUUCAGUGAACAGAAUAAUGCAAAUUCAUACACCCCUAUUAGCCAUCAACUCUCAUGACGAUCCAAUGGUUGGUGUUCAUUCCAUUCCUGUCGAAGAAGCCAAAGUGAAUCCAUAUAUCGUUCAGUUGAGAACUGAUAUUGGUGGUCAUUUAGCUUAUAUCCAAUCAGAUGGUGAUUCAUGGGCCACAAAGAGAAUUGCUGAAUAUUUCAAAACUUUUAACGAUAUGGUUGAU